UGAAUUUUGAGAGAGUAACAGAAAACCGCGAAAAUUCACACUCAGAGAAAGAAUCAGAGAAAUCGAAGAAGAACAAUGGAAGCGAUCGUAAUCCUAACCAACUCCGGUGAGAUGAAGAACGUCACCAAUAUCAAUGGCGGCGACUUGGAGAAAGAGAAGAAGAUUCGUAUUCAGGUUUCCAGGUCUAAGAAACCUCUCUACUUCUACCUCAAUCUCGCUAAGAAACACUUGAAGAUGGACUAUGAUGUUGAGCUCUGUGCACUAGGCAUGGCUAUUCCAACUGUGAUAAUCAUAGCUGAAAUUUUGAAACGCAAUGGAUGGGGAAUUGAGAAAAGUAUAAUGGCAUCCACUAUUGAUGCUAAGGAAGACAAACAAGGUCGUGUGAUUCCAAAGGCUAAGCUUGAUAUUCUGAUGGGAAAGGCUAGGAAUGCUGACCAGAGUGCUGACCAGAGUACUGAUGCUUCAACUUCAACAGAGGAGUAGAACACUAAGAGGAGGAGGAUGAUGGUGAAACUCUACUGCUUGUAGAGUAUGUGUAAUAAUGUAGAUAUAUGUUGAUAUUCUUUCAUUGCUAUGUUGGUGUUGCUUGUUGAGUAUGUGUAAAAUGUAGAUAUAUGUUGGUGUUCUUUCAUUUCUUUGUUUUUUCUUUUGUUCCGGGGGGGCAAUAUACAGUGCUAAUGUUAGCCCUUCCGAUGGUAGAUUUUUGUAUAAGACUAUUGCAAUUUUAGCCAUAUGAACAAAGUAUUCAUUUGAAUCAUAUUAAUGUAUAAUGUUUUUAGUGUUAAUAGAUCUUCUUAAUUUGGUU